GUCCAUAAUAGGCAGAUCAUGUUAUCUAUCACAACUCCAACGCCCCAGACACCCCCGAUCGACUCCUCCGCCCUACCUACGCACAGACUCCAUGCCCCAAGAUCUCCGCGCAAACUCAAUCGAUAUACGACGCCACCCUAUCCAAGGUGUAGAAUAUGAGAACAAACAGGGAAAAACGAAGCAGGAAAAUAGCACAAAGCUUGGGCAAACGAUUCUCCGCGCCACCCCACCAGGAUUUACCUCUCGAUCAGUGGCGUCGCAAGGCCACGAAGAAAGCAAAUCUUGUGGAACACGGACGGGCAGACCCGAGGGGGUGGAUGUCAAAAAGCGUACUCAACAGAGGUCUCGAAGAGCUGUAUGCGGCCUCUGGCUGGCCCUCUCAAGUCUGGAGAGUUUGGAGGGCUGGCGUUAGUUUGUCAGGACCGGUACAUCGGCAGCCUUGGUUGCGUUGUACAUGCCCAAGAUUGCUUGUACCUCCCAGAUAAAAAGACGGGGGAGCUGCAUGGGAUCGCACCGCUUGUGUAUUUGACAUCAACACGCGUUAUCGUCAAAGCUUCAAGCCUUGCCGUGAAGUUCGAGAACGUAUGACGUAAAUCAAGGGUGGUUCAAAGGUCAACACACUCACGUAAAAAGAGAGAAAACCAGACACGCAUAGCUCGGCGGCCAUACUCAUAUACUAAGCUUUCCAAAAGUUGGAAAGAUCACUGCACACCCAGAGUUCGAUGUGAAGAGCAAACUCGAGUUGAGGCUAAAGAGAAUGUCGACUAGCACUGGUUCCUAUCACCGAGCGCGAUUCCUCUCAAAUCAUCGCAUCGUGGUCCUUUUCCUCUUGUUCAAAAACAUUUCAGGGCUCAACUAUGCUUCUCGCGAAGCGUUUGGAAUACUGUCGAUGUGUAUUGGAGGUUGUGCUGCCACGCUGUGUGAUAUUGUAAGUCACUGGCAUGACCACGUGCUGCAUCCUCAGUGCGUAUUAUGUCCAUUACCACAGAAUCGGAGAUAAUCCAAGAGGCAAGGCAGAGUUCCAAGGCUUCCGGAGAUGAAACCAACAAGAUACAGACCACUUGUAUGUAACUACAUAUCUGCGAUCAAUGACUUAUGAGAAUCCAUCACAGAGAAACGUGUGGGCUUAAUUAGGCAAGAAAAAUUUUUGAAUCGAUUGAACAUUCGCAGCCAAUAUCGUUUUCAAAACAAAGGGGCCAUCUGGUUGCAAUUCACAGUUGGUGCAUCCUCCGGAGUUUCCCACUCCGGUCGAGGAGCCGGGAACCCCUCGUGUUCUGGGUAAAGAGUCUCGUUCGUCUACCUUUGCCAGAUGAGGAACGAUAGGAGACUUGUGUGAUCGUAUCCUAAAUUAACUAUCGGUCUGUGGCUUCGCAAUUUUCCUUGAAACAAAGAUUGUUUUUCUUUUUUCUUUUUCAUGAAGAAUCAAAAAUAUCAUCACAACGCCCCUUGCACACCGGCGGUGGCGAGACAAGGUCCUUCAGCACAGCUGGGGUAGAGUGGAUGUUGGAACUGUUUUUUUGUGACGAGAAAUCCAGCUCCAUGGACCUCCGUGGAGAAAUUGUCUGGAGAGCCGCGCGGGAUGACAGAGGAUGAUACUCCAUGUCGAGUGUUCAGUGAUUGUUUCGCUUCUUUGCAAGAUACCUCGACCAUCCCUUGUCGAGUCCAGAGCAGGCCAGGCAAACCGUUGGGCAUCCUGCGGGAUAAGGGAGGAUAUUCAAGGCAACGAGCGGGGGGAGUGGGAUGCGAGCGAGGACCCCAGGAGGAGAGUGAUGGCGAGAAUACAC